UCCGGUUUAUUGCUGAAAAUAAUCAGGCGUUCUACUUUUUUUGAAAAACUAAGUAGCAGAGUACAGAAUAACAAUGGAGGUUGACGACGACGGAAAAAGGAAAAUGCCGAAAGUGGCAAAGGUUAAGAAUAAAAUGCCGGCACCAGUACAAAUAACAGCUGAACAGCUCCUGAGAGAAGCUAAGGAAAGAGAGCUGGAACUUGUCCCACCGCCUCCAAAACAGAAGAUUUCUGAUCCAGAUGAAUUAAAGGCAUAUAAAAUGAGGAAAAGGAAGAUGUUUGAAGAUAACAUCAGAAAGAACAGAUCAGUGAUGGUCAACUGGAUCAAAUAUGCCCAGUGGGAGGAGGCUCAGAAGGAAAUACAAAGGGCUCGUUCUGUGUGGGAAAGAGCACUGGAUGUAGACCACAGAACUGUUACCGUGUGGUUGAAAUAUGCUGAAAUGGAAAUGAGAGCAAGACAAGUGAAUCAUGCUAGGAAUAUUUGGGACCGUGCUAUCAUCAUUCUACCUCGUAUGAACCAGUUCUGGUAUAAAUAUACUUACAUGGAGGAGAUGCUGGGCAAUGUAGCAGGUUGUCGUCAGGUGUUUGAGCGUUGGAUGGAGUGGGAGCCGGAGGAACAAGCAUGGCACUCGUACAUCAACUUUGAGCUGCGAUACAAGGAACUCGACCGAGCCAGAAUGAUCUAUGAGCGAUUUGUAAUAGUUCACCCUGAAGUGAAAAACUGGAUUAAAUAUGCCAAAUUUGAAGAAAAAAACCAGUACGUUAAUAGUGCCCGGCGGAUCUAUGAGAGGGGUGUGGAAUAUUUUGGCGAAGACAACAUGGAGGAGAAUCUUUUGAUUGCUUUUGCAAAAUUUGAGGAGGGACAAAAAGAGCAUGAGCGAGCGAGAGUGAUAUAUAAGUAUGCCCUUGAUCACCUCCCGAAGGAGUUAUGUACUGAGAUCUACAAAAGCUACACCAUACACGAGAAACGCUUUGGGAGUCGGGCAGCUAUUGAGGACGUUAUUGUCAGCAAACGGAGGUUCAAAUAUGAAGAGGAGGUGAAAGAGAACCCACUCAACUAUGAUGCCUGGUUUGACUACCUCCGGUUGAUGGAGGCAGAUGGCAACACAGAACAAACCCGCGACACAUUUGAAAGAGCGAUCGCCAACAUCCCUCCUUCACAGGAGAAGCGUCACUGGCGCCGGUACAUCUAUCUCUGGGUAAACUACGCUCUGUUUGAGGAGUUGGAGGCGGAGGACUUUGACCGCACGCGGGAAGUCUACAAAGCGUGUCUCGACAUCAUGCCACAUAAAAAAUUCACUUUUGCCAAAAUAUGGCUUCUCUUCGCACAGUUUGAAAUACGACAGAAAAACUUACAGGGAGCUAGAAGAGUAUUAGGUACAAGUAUCGGAAAAUGUCCAAAAAAUAAGUUGUUUCGAGGCUACAUUGAACUAGAGCUUCAGCUCAGAGAGUUUGAGAGAUGUAGGAUUCUGUAUGAAAAAUUUGUGGAGUUUGGACCAGAAAACUGUACAACGUGGAUGAAGUAUGCUGAGCUGGAGACAAUCCUCGGAGACAUUGAUCGUGCACGAGCGGUAUACGAACUGGCCAUCAACCAGCCCAAACUGGACAUGCCUGAAGUCCUGUGGAAGGCCUACAUAGACUUUGAGGUGGAGCAGGAGGAGCUGGAUUGUACCAGGGCAUUGUACCGUCGUUUGCUGGAGAGAACACACCAUGUUAAGGUAUGGAUCAGCUUUGCCCAGUUUGAGCGCACUAACGAGGUGGAGCAGCGCCUACAGAACGUUAGAGGUGUUUAUAAAGAUGCGAAUAAUGCCUUCCGAACUUCUGGGGAGAAGGAGGAACGUCUAAUGCUGCUCGAGUCUUGGGCACAAUUUGAGGAGGAAGAAGGUGAUGACGAAUCUCGUGUCAAGGUCAGCAAGUUAAUGCCACAGAAAGUGAAAAAACGCAGGAAGAUCCAGCUGGAAGACGGGUCCGAUGGUGGCUGGGAGGAGUAUUAUGACUACAUCUUCCCAGACGAGGAAGCAGCACAGCCAAACCUCAAACUGCUGGCCAUGGCCAAGAAAUGGAAACAGCAACAAGAGACAACGGAGGAUGAAGUGGAGAGCUAACACAUGUCACAGUAUUAUACAUAUGUUACACAUGUAUCAGAGACAGGUUUCGGAUAUGUGCGGAUGGUACACAUGUUUACGCAUUAGGCACAUUACAUCUGUGCAUUUAGUGAAUGACAUGUCAGGAUUUAAGUGAAUGAUGUUUUACAUAUCUCACAAUAUAAAUAUGUCCAUUCACAUCUGAAUUCUGACAAAAUUUCAGACAGUCCUAUCCUGUGCUGAAAGCCUGGCACAUAUUGAUGUUACUAACCUCUCAUAGCAGUGGCUAAAUGCGGGUUGGUGCGGAUAUCGACAGUGAGGAAAAGAAUACUGUUUGACUCCAAAAAAAUUAUUGACAUUUUUUGAGGUCAAUACUAAAAUUUAUCUACCUAAGAAAGGUGGCAAAUCCUUAACUUUAAGGAAGUGUAACUACCCAGUACAUUUAAAGUCCGCUAACUCCAAGGGACCAUGCAUAUGUCGAACGUUCCAGGAAUACAAGGUACUCAAGUUCUCAAAGUGUAGUCCUUGAACGUAAGGUACUGAUCAUAUGCUUACAACAAAUGAAAUCUUCACGUAAAAUUGUGCUGUCUGUCUAGAGUUAAUUGUUAAUCUCACUGAUAAAUCAAUGAUGAUUUUCAAAAGUAGUAGAUUUUUAUCAGAUAUGGACUAAGUCAUUCAGUUCAAGAAAUGGCAUAUCCAGUUCAUGUCCAAAUAUUUUCCAUACAUCCAUUCACAGUUAAUUCAAAUUUACAGAUUUACAAAAGUGUAGGAAUGUUUUCAGACCUACUGUAGAAUAACAACUAAAGGGACCACAGUUGUACGAUAUCACAAUAAACACUUUAAUCGGUCCCUUCCUACUCAUGAAGAAAAUAUUACGGCAUACAUUCUUGUAGAUCAUACCUCUCUGUCAAUUCACUUAAUAUUGGCAUUCCAUAAUCUGUCUUCACACAGAAAGUUUUGUUUGUACAGCUAUUGUUAUCUUGUCAUUAAUUAUACUGAAUUAUUGAUUAGAAAGUUAACUAAUUAUAAUAUCGGAUAUAUAAUCAUGCCACGUAUGUGUGAGAUCGACUACUGUCAGGGUUUCCUAACCUUCCACGGGUAAAUAUCCCUAGUAGAAUUGUUUUCCCCUGGCCUUAAAGAUUCCAAAAAAUGACUGGUUCAUUUUCCUUUUGGCAAACGUCCUUUUUCAUCAAUUAAGGUGCCAAUAAUCUUACAUACUUUGGCCUUACAACUACAUUUGAAUCAUUUUUUUGUUCAACCAGACUAGAUCAAUUCCAAAUCAUCAAAUCAUGUAUAUUCUGCUUGGGUGGGGAGGGAGCCCCUGAAAAGCUUGGAGGUCUGACACAGCCAUGCUGGACACAGGUAAAAAUUGACAGGUAUGGCAUCUGUUCAGUAAAUAGGUAGGACUGAUAUGCAGGGAAGGGGGAAAAUAAUAGUUUAAGAAAUGCUGGGUAUUCAACAAAUAGCAUUCAAGCUGUCCAAGGAUAAUUUUACAGGAUUUACAAGAAUAAGGUUAGGACCAAAUGAACAGAUAGGAGGUAUUUCAGUAGUGAAGUUAGAGAGUUGUAUCUACAACAUGUACAUGAUACAGUGAUAUCUAUUACAUGUACAUGAUACAGUGAUAUCUAUUACAUGUACAUGAUACAAGGAUAUCUAUUACAUGUACGUGAUACAGGGAUAUCUAUUAAAUUAUACAAGGAUGUCUACUACAUGUACUGAUACAAGGAUAUCUAUAACAUGUACAUGAUACAAAGAUAUCUACUACAUGAUACAAAGAUAUCUACUAUAUGUACAUGAUACAAAGAUAUCUACUACAUGUACAUGAUACAAAGAUAUCUACUAUAUGUACAUGAUACAAAGAUAUCUACUAUAUGUACAUGAUACAAAGAUAUCUACUAUAUGUACAUGAUACAAGGAUAUCUAUAACAUGUACAUGAUACAAAGAUAUCUACUACAUGAUACAAAGAUAUCUACUAUAUGUACAUGAUACAAGGAUAUCUACUACAUGUACAUGAUACAAGGAUAUUUACUACAUGAUACAAGGAUAUCUAUAACAUGUACAUGAUACAAGGAUAUCUACUACAUGUACAUGAUACAAGGAUAUCUAUAACAUGUACAUGAUACAAGGAUAUCUACUACACGAUACAAGGAUAUCUACAACAUGUACAUGAUACAAGGAUAUCUACUACAUGUACAUGAUACAAGGAUAUCUAUAACAUGUACAUGAUACAAGGAUAUCUAUAACAUGUACAUGAUAUAAGGAUAUCUAUAACAUGUACAUGAUACAAGGAUAUCUACUACAUGAUACAAAGAUAUCUACUACAUGUACAUGAUACAAGGAUAUCUAUAACAUGUACAUGAUACAAGGAUAUCUACUACAUGAACAUGAUACAAGGAUAUCUACUACAUGUACAUGAUACAAGGAUAUCUAUUACAUGAUACAAGGAUAUCUAUAACAUGUACACGAUACAAGGAUAUCUACUAGAUGAUACAAGGAUAUCUAUAACAUGUACAUGAUACAAUGAUAUCUAUUACAUGAUACAAUGAUAUCUAUUACAUGUACGUACUACAAGGAUAUCUACUAUAUGUACAUGAUACAAGGAUAUCUACUACAUGUACAUGAUACAAGGAUAUCUACUAGAUGAUACAAGGAUAUCUAUUACAUGUACAUGAUACAAGAAUAUCUACUACAUGUACAUCAUACAAUGAUAUCUACUACAUGAUACAAUGAUAUCUAUUACAUGUACGUGAUACAAGGAUAUCUAUUACAUGUACGUGAUACAAGGAUAUCUAUUACAUGUACGUGAUACAAGGAUAUCUAUUACAUGUACGUGAUACAAGGAUAUCUAUUACAUGUACGUGAUACAAGGAUAUCUAUUACAUGUACAUGAUACAAGGAUAUAUAUUACAUGAUACAAGGAUAUCUACUGCAUGUACGUGAUACAAGGAUAUUUACUACAUGAUACAUGGAUAUCUACUACAUGAUACAUGAUACAAGGAUAUUUACUACAUGAUACAUGGAUAUCUACUACAUGAUACAUGAUACAAGGAUAUUUACUACAUGAUACAAGGAUAUCUACUACAUGUACAUGAUACAAGGAUAUCUACUACAUGUACAUGAUACAAGGAUAUUUACUACAUGUACAUGAUACAAGGAUAUCUACUACAUGAUACAAGGAUAUCUACUACAUGUAUGAAACAUAAAGGACUAGCCCAGCAUGUCGGCAAGGAUACUGCCGAUACUUAUUUACAGGGUUUCCAACUGCUUGUAAACUGUCAACUGGAAAGGUUUCAGAAGUGUAAUAACUGCUUGAACCUUAAUGAACUCGCCAGCUUUAUGUCUGGUUUCCAUAUCUAAUUCAUCACGGGAUAAUAACGCUUUCUUGGUGUGAAUUCUAACUGAACAAAAAGUAAGGACUUGUCCAUUGAUAAUGAGUUAUAUAUACACUGGAAUCUGAGUAGGUUUUUUGUCAAUCCGUAGUAUAUCAGAUAGCUGUACGUGGAGUAACCUGGCAGUCGUUAAAAGGGAGACCACUCCUUGAGAUGUAAGAGCUAAUGUAAAUAUUGACGUAUUUCACAUCAAGUACGGGUCUGGAGAUACCAUUCUGUGUGGCGGUCGGUCUUUGGUGUUAUAUAAUUUACAGCACUCUCAAUCAGGUUUUGUCCGUCUGCAAAUAUAAUCAGGCGUACCAGAAACUAUUCUUUUCUCACAGAACUGUGACCAAAUCCUGAAACUUGUAAAAAGGUCAAAUAUGCUUUCAUGCAUAUUAUUAUUAUCAUUUUUUUUUUUUUUUUCAAGUUUCAACAUGCCACCGCGACUGCGUUAUAAUCUAAGGCGUAUAUUUCUUGUAACUUGUAAUUUCCAAUAAAGAUUUUAUGAUAAUGAUUAUAUUUUCAAACGACUGGUCACGUUAAGGGAGCAUGCGCCCAUGUAAUCAUCGUACUCAUCAACUCCUGCUGUAGCGGGAAUCGUGUGAACUUUGUGUGAGGUGCGUAGGAGUUAAGGGGGUAUGUGAGCUUAUUGGUGCUUGUGUUUAUGGAGAGCGGCUGUUGAAGGACGCAUGCGUGUUUGAAUGUGCGUUAAAAGCGAGAAUUAUGUAUUAAUGUAAAACUAAAGAGCGAGAGAAAUGUAAAGAGAACAAAAAAAUAAAUAAAAAAUAUAUUUUGUGAUUUU